UAGCGAGGCUCCCCGUCACCGGGUACUACUACUCCCGGCUCGCCUCGCCGCCGCCCGCGCCGCCGCCUGGUUUACGAGCAGCGCUCUGACUCGCUCCGCUGCAUGUCUGGAGGGGCCGCGGGAAGUGUGGAGACGCCCCGGGGCUUCAGGGACCGCAGCUCGGGAGGCCGGCCGGCCGGACACGCCAGCCAAACCCACCCUCCCUAGCAGAGAUGAGGCUGCUGGAGAGGGUGAGGAAGGAGUGGUUCAUGGUCGGGAUCGUGGUGGCCAUCGGCGCCGCCAAGCUGGAGCCGUCGUUUGGCGUGCACGGGGGACCACUGAAGCCAGAGAUAACUGUGUCCUAUGUCGCUGUCGCCACGAUAUUCUUCAACAGUGGAUUAUCGUUAAAAACAGAGGAGCUGACCAGUGCAUUGGUGCAUUUGAAACUGCACCUUUUCAUCCAGAUCUUCACACUUGCCUUCUUCCCCACGACAAUAUGGCUCUUUCUUCAGCUCUUGUCAGUCACGUCCAUCAACGAGUGGCUGUUAAAAGGUUUGCAGACAGUAGGUUGCAUGCCGCCCCCUGUGUCCUCUGCUGUGAUUUUAACCAAGGCGGUUGGCGGAAAUGAGGCAGCUGCGAUAUUUAAUUCAGCAUUUGGAAGUUUUUUGGGCAUUGUUGUAACUCCUGUGCUCCUGCUGCUUUUUCUUGGCUCAUCCUCGUCUGUGCCUUUUACAUCCAUUUUCUCUCAGCUGUUCAUGACAGUUGUGGUUCCUCUCAUUAUCGGACAGAUUGUCCGGAGGCACAUCAAGGACUGGCUGGAGAGAAGGAAACCCCCUUUCGGGGUGGUCAGCAGCAGCGUGCUGCUCAUGAUCAUCUACACCACCUUCUGCGACACGUUCUCCAACCCGCUCAUCGACCUGGACGUGUUCAGCCUCGUCGUCAUACUCUUCAUAAUCGUCUCCGUGCAGCUGAGCUUCAUGCUUUUGACCUUCAUCUUCUCAACACGGAACAACUCGGGCUUCACAGCAGCAGACACGGUGGCCAUCAUCUUCUGCUCUACACACAAGUCGCUCACACUGGGAAUUCCGAUGCUGAAGAUCGUGUUUGCAGGCCAUGAGCAUCUCUCACUGAUAUCUGUGCCCUUGCUCAUCUACCACCCAGCUCAGAUCCUUCUGGGAAGUGUGUUGGUGCCAACCAUAAAGUCCUGGAUGGUGUCGAGGCAGAAGGGAGUGAAGCUGACAAGACCAACAGUAUGACUCGGGACUCGGCUUCCUGAAGCCGUGUAUAUAUGUACAGGCUUGUACAUACAAGGGUUCUGAGGACUUGUCCUUGGGAAUGUUGCUUUGAUGCCUAUUUUAUUUUUUUACAGAAAAAAAAUGAUAUACCUGUUUAAAGUGCCUUAAAAUGUUUUUGACAAGAGCGUUAUUUCCAAAACAUACUCCGUUGGUUACUUCCAGGGGCCGUACAGUGUUUUAGACUUAAUUUUUUUCCCUAAUGCAGAAAAAAAGUUUUAGUAAGGGACAAAAAGCUAACAGGUUUUCUUUGUACUGCCUUUUGUGCAAAACAACUCCAAUAGUUACUGUAACGUUUGAAAUGAGGUCACAGCAUCCAGAAACCAUCCUCCUGGUGACAGUGAAAAAUUCCAAAGUCUCAUGUGCACACUUUGAUUCACUGCGAGGUUCUUUGUUUCUAAGACUGUGGCGUGCCUCUUUAUCAACUCAGCGGGGGUCACAGACGAGAGAUGCCGAGAAGCACAGGGUACCUCAUUCCUUGACAUCGUCUUCUCCAGGCAUCCCUUCAAUUAGUCCCUGCACACCCCAGAAAUUCUUCAGUCCCGUCACAAGAGUGUGGGGGAACAGCUUAAAUCUGUUAUAAGCUGCUUCAAAGAAAGCCCUGAUGUGAGUAUUGAGGUAAACACAGACCGGUUCCGGAGGCUUUCAGUCACAUCCCAGUUUGCUCCUCCUCUUUCUUCCAUAAUCCCUUUGUUUCUCAUUUCACUUGCACAUUCACAACAGCCCAGCUACACACACUGAAGCAUCACAGUCCAUCUUAGAGUGGCAGUUAGCAGCGAGCUGCGCUCACAUUCCACAGCCGGGACCCGGCACUUUUACUGUUACAGUUCCAAACUGCCCGCUACACCCUUUAGUUAAGCGCACUUAAGACAUUCGAGGCAGUUUAUGAGUGAGAACGUCCUUUACUUGACAAAUGUUCACGACGUCUCUUAAGAAGUCAAAUCAUAUUGCCUUAGGAGUCAAAGACAAUAAAAGGUCAUGGGCAUGAGCGAAUGUUACAUGUCCACACUGCCUAGCCAGGUGGAAAGGAAGCUGGUCCGCAAGACCUAGGCCAUCCAUUCCCCAAGCUGUGAACAGAACUAGGCCUGGAAUUGGGCAUCAGCCUCCAAAGGAGUCUCUGAUAUUGCCUCCAGUGGCCAGAAGAGCUCAAGCCAGACCCAGCGGGGAAACGAAGCUACGUGCUCAGUGCUGGGAGCACCUUUCCUGUGUUCCCGGAAUGCCGUCCUUUCUUGAUUUAACAGACAGAGUUGUCGUGGGUCUCACCGAGGCCCUGCUGUUUCCUCGGCAGCUGCCUUUGUUAUUGGUAGUGGUGGUUUUAGCCCACCAUGAAGUCCAAGUUCCCUGGGCUUGUCGUGGUUAGCGUGGUUUCUUGGUGCUAGCUCCGGUCCUCUGUGUCUCAGAACCCCCUAAUGCUCACUGGAGCUCUAACCCUGGUCUGGCCUUGUGAAGACCCAUGCUCAACAAGCGGAGGGGCACUCUGCUGGGGAGAGGGCCGCAGUGAGUCUGUUUGGUAAGUGUGAGCUUGUGAAGACCCAUGCUCAACAAGCCGAGGGCACUCUGCUGGGGAGAGGGGCGCAGUGAGUCUGUUUGGUAAGUGUGAGCUUUCCACAGCAGAAAGGUCUUCACAUCUCAUCCCUACACGCCUUCCGGGCUUUCGAGGAAGUGCCUCCAGAGCUGUAGUCAGAAUUCGUCAUGUCAUUUGAACACUGGUGUCCCCCCCAACUUAUCUACCUCUCUGUGUAAGGCCUGCAGUAGGAGUGACUGGGAUAAAGUUCAACUGAAAAGGCUAUGAUAACAUUUUAUCUUUUGCUUUAAAAAUGUGUUUUGUUGUCAAAUAAUCUGAUUUAUAUAAUAAGCUUUGGUAGCUUUAGUAACUUGUCUGUGGCUACUUCUCCUUUUACACAAAUGUGUUAGCAUAUUUUUCAUAGCGAGCAAAAAAGAAAAUCAAAAUUUAUUUUAAUUUAUGCUUAUUAAGAUUCAAUUAGCAGCUUAAAAUAGUUUCCCAUGUUUAUACACUGUCAAUCUCUACUUGAUAUAUUUGUUUGUCCAAAUGUCUUUAUGAAAAUAAUGCAUAGGAUUAUAUUUGUUUACUCAUUUUCCACCUAAAAUUUGGUUUUCUAAUGUCUGAAAUGUUAAGGGAUAGUAACGCAGUCUUUACACAUGUUCCAAAAUUUAAGAUUCUGUGGACUUUUUUUAAUCCUUCUGUUUCUGUUUAAACUGACACACCUCUGGUUGAUGCUCAGUGUUUAUGCUAAAUACCAAAUUUUUUUCAAAAGGAUGUCUAAGUAAUAAAGUGGGUUAUUUAUAAUGAAUGGAAAAUAAAAAAUAAUUCUAUGAUUAAACAGAGAAUACUUGAGGAAUCACUGGAAA